AUGUCUGGUAACGGGGAGCACUUUUCGAUUGACUUGCCGGAGGUGCUUCCUCAUGAGAACAUGUAUCUUAUUCAGAUAGGGCACAAGUUGUUUCGGCUUAGUGGGGCUUCUUUGUCUUCGGACUCGCCUUCGUACUUCACGAAUUACUUUACGAGGAAGAAUGCGGAGCGGCAUGGGAAGGGUGGGGGAGCGGUCAAUGGGUCAGGAGUUCUGGGGCAGGAGGAUGCUGCUGGUGCGGCGGGCGGUGGUGCUGGCAAUGGGGUGAUGUCACCGCCGCUGACGAUUAGUCGGGGGUCGUUUUCUGGGGAGAGUGGGCAGGAGAUUUUAUUUAUUGAUCGGUCGCCGGAGAUUUUUGAGCUGAUCUACAACCAUUUGCAGGGGUAUUGCAUUACGAUCAAGGAUGAGUAUCAGUAUACGAUGCUGUUUGCGGACGCGAUGUACUAUAACCUGCCCCGGUUACGAAACUUGUUGAAAAACUCGGAUUACUAUUACACAUGUAUCGGGGGGAAGUCGUUCAAGGUCCCCAAAAACAUAUGCAACACGCAGGGCAACUCGCCCAACUAUUUUGAUAUUGCGGUCGAUGCGCUCUAUUCUGAUUUGGAACAGGUGUUUUUGUCCAGGAAGUUGAUCAGGCCGCCGCCGCAGUCGCCGCCGUAUGUGCCCCGGUCGCCGGCUCUUUUCAAGGACAUUCUGGCGUUGCUCAAUGGUGCGGAGAUCACAAUGGAUGACAAGAAACGUAAUUCGUUGAUCAAGGAAUGCAGGUAUUAUCGGUUUCUGAACCUGGAGCAGAAGUUGUUCAAGUGCGAGAUAAAAUACGAUCCAUUUUACAAACGCGAGAUUAUAACGAUGCUGCUCAAGGACCUGAGCAGUAAAGGCGUCGAUUUGACGUUGAAGCUGACGGCUUCUCAUAAUAACUUUGCCUGUCCGGUGGCCGCGAGGAGCCCAAGUGGUGGUGCUGCGGAUGCGGCUGCUGCAAACAAACAGCAACUGCAACCGCCGCAGAACGUGCAACGGUUGCAUGAGGCUCAGCGCGAAUCGAGCAGCCCGCCCUCUGCGACCCCUCAACCUCCGUGCAAGAAGCCGAAGCUGGGGAGCGAUUGGCAUAUAUGCACGUACACGAGACCGUAUCUGAACGACCCCCCCAGGGAUCUUAUCUUCCAGAUAAGUUCGAUGGAUUGUAUUAUGUUCUUUAAUAAGCGUAAAAAGACCAUCCAUGUCAACAUCAGAUCGGAACCAGCGGAGAAGUUUAUAUCGGUGUUUUCUGGCAUCUUCCAUCGUUCCCACGUCGACCUCAACAAUUACCGGGACCCGGUGCUUCUUGAUGGCCUAAUCAUCCCAUGCUGUGUGUCUGUGUGCGACUUGACUUUGAACGGUAUCAAGUGCACAAAUAUUUGUUCCUUGAUAGACGAAAACAAGAUCACGGAAAAAAUCCCCGACUUUACACUUGGAGAUGGGUUUGUCCCAGGGUUGAAGCUUGUGUUGAUGAAGUCGAUGUGGAGAUUGGGUGUCAAGGAUGGAGAAAUAAUCUUGGUGUGCAUCAGAGGCGAAGCGAUCACAGGCAUCAACGAAUUCCAUCACAACAUAAGUUACCUAUAA